AUGCAGCAGCAAAUGCAAAAAAUUCUUUCUGCAUUCCUGAACCCCUCACCAUCGGCCCAUGUCCCAGAAGCAGUAUCUGCCAAACAAAUCUCCAAGCCCACUGGUGCAAUUCUUGAGCUAGCCGACUCGGAUGGUGAUAAAAAUCAAUCUCCGCCUCAUCUAGUAUCUUUGGCCACUGGAAGUUUGCAAGACUCAAACAAUAAAUGCUUUCGGAACAAAACCAUUGAAGAUCAGGACCAACCAUCACAAUCUCAAGAUAAAGCUUCUCCAAAAACGUCUUCCAAGGAACCCAUUGCCAAUCAGGUCAAAUUAGACAGCCCUAGUGAUAACUCUCCAAUCAACCAAUUUCCAGCACAUACUCAGAAAGCGGUGCCUGAGGGUCAAGAAACGGGGGAGGUUGCGCCGUUGGACAAAUGCACCUUGGAACCAGAGAAGGUGCGCAGAUGA